AUGGCGCGAGGCAAGCUCAUAGUUUUCGAAGGCCUAGAUCGAGCAGGCAAGUCAACGCAAUGUCAAAUGCUCGUUGAUGACCUGCAAAAUGACGGGAUCAAGGUGCGGCAUAUGCGGUUUCCUGAUAGGACGACACCGAUCGGCCAGAUGAUCAACAGCUACCUGAGUGGCCAGAGCGACCAAGACGACCAUGUCAUACAUCUCUUGUUCUCUGCGAACCGGUGGGAAGCAGUACCAUCCAUCCAAGCCGACCUCGAAGCCGGAACGACCAUCGUCGUAGACCGCUACUACUACAGCGGCUGCGUAUACUCCGCUGCCAAGCAGAACCCCAGCAUGAGCCUCGAAUGGUGCCGCAAACCUGAAGUCGGGCUUCCACGUCCUGACUUGUGUCUCUUCCUUGACAUCUCUGCUGACGACGCUGCGAAACGAGGUGGCUAUGGUACUGAGAAGUAUGAGAGGAAGGAUAUGCAGGAUCGUGUGCGCGAGCUGUUCGAGACGAUGAUGCAGAAGAAGGAGGGCGAGGACUUUGUGCGCAUCGAUGCGGGCGAGAGUAUGACGGAUGUGGCGGCGAAGAUUAGACAGGAGGUUGAUAGGUGUAUUGAGCGGGUUGCAAAGGGCCAGCUGCCACUGGGAACGGUGGAAGGGUGGUAG